UCGGGCGGGUGAUGUUGGCGUUCCUGGUCCUGAGCACCGGGAUGUUCUGCUCAGCGGCUGCCUUCCUCCCCAGCAGCUUCUGCAUGUACACCACCCUGGUGGCGAUGACGGGCUGGUUCAUGGAGAGAACCGUGGCCGUGCUGGGAGUAGCCGCCGGAGCCAUCGUGGGCUGGCCCUUCAGUGCUGCCCUCGGGUUGCCGAUCGCUUUUGACCUCUUGGCGCUGAAGAGGAAUUUCCGCAGUUUUAUCAUCUGGGCGGUCGUGGCUUUGGGACUGUUUUUGCUCCCCCUGGUGGCGGUGGACAGCUACUACUACGGGAAGUGGGUCGUGGCGCCCCUCAAUAUCGUUCUUUACAACGUUUUCACCCCUCACGGGCCGGACAUCUACGGGACGGAGCCCUGGUGGUUUUACUUCCUCAACGGCUGCCUGAACUUCAACGUGGUGUUCGUUCUGGCCCUGUGCGCCCUGCCCCUGACCACGCUGAUGGAGCUCCUGCUGCAGCAGUUCAGUGGACACAACCUCGGGGGGCCGUACUGGCUGACCCUCUCGCCGAUGUACAUCUGGAUUCUGAUCUUCUUCACCCGGCCGCACAAGGAGGAACGCUUCCUCUUCCCCAUCUACCCGCUCUUCUGCCUCUGCGGGGCCGUGGCCCUCGCUGCGGUACAGAAAUCCUACCACUUCCUGUUCCACCGAUACCGGCCAGAGCACUACACCAUCUCCUCCAACUGGCUGGCCUUGGGCACGGUCGGCCUCUUCGGACUGCUGUCCCUUUCCCGCUCCGUGGCGCUGUUCAGAGGCUACCAUGCGCCCCUGGACCUUUACCCAGAGUUCCAGCGGAUCGCCUCCGACCCAGGCACCCACACGGUCCCCGAGGGAAGGCCGGUCAACGUCUGCGUUGGGAAGGAGUGGCACCGCUUCCCGGGCAGCUUCCUCUUACCCGACAACUGGCAGCUGCAGUUUGUCACCUCUGAGUUCCGCGGGCAGCUCCCAAAGCCCUUCGCCAAAGGACCCAAAGCAACUCGAAUUCAUCCCACUGACAUGAACGACCAAAACCUCGAAGAGCCCUCUCGAUACGUCGACAUCCGACAGUGCCACUACCUGGUGGACCUCGACACUGAAUUGGAGACUCCGCGGGAGCCAAGGUAUUCGGCGAAUAAAGACGAGUGGAUGGUCGUUGCCUACAAACCGUUUCUGGAUGCCCAGAGGCUGUUUGUAGAAUCUGCGUCUUUGUGCUGUACGGAAGGAAUUUUAUUAUUAUAGAGCAUGGCUUUCUGU